GACUGUUUUCUACAUGAUUGAUUCCAAUCGCUCGAAAACAAUAGUAGACAUUCAAACAGGCGUCGUGAAGAAUUUUAGUGUGGUGUAAUGGUGGCUUCCCUCAUUGUAUUCAUUGCAGUAGACAUUCAUGUAGAUAGUUGUAGAGUUACAUGACGGAUCACUAAUGGUGCUCACCAAAUCUUAUCUCCGUUACGUGCCUGCACAAACGGUUGGCAUCAUCAGCAGCCAGAAGUGCAAUGGACUCUUCUGUAAAUUUACUCAUGAUCCUACUGGCCAGGCAAAGCGUGGCUUCAACAGCAAGCGAUUGGUGGCAAUAACUGGUGCUUUGGAGAACAUCAUUCUCUGGGAAUGCAAGAGUGGCGAGAAGGUGGCUACUUUGGCGGGUGGCAAGCAUGAGGUGACUAAGCUGGCUUUGUCACAAGAUCAAAAGCUGUUGGCGGCUGGUUACGCCGAUGGUUCGAUCAAGUUGUGGGAUUUAGUAACCCUAUCAUGCCGUGUCACGCUAAGUGGUCACAAGUCUGCUGUUACUGCACUUCGCUUCAACGGCCCAGGCACUGUGCUAGCUUCAGGCUCUCAGGAUACUGAUGUCAUAGUGUGGGAUGUAGUUGAUGAGAGCGGUCUCUACAGGUUGAAAGGGCACAAAGGACCUGUCACAGAUGUGUUGUUCUUUCCGGAAAAGAAUGUUCUCAUUUCAAGUUCCAAUGAUACAUUUGUCAAGCUAUGGGACUUGACGACGAAGCAUUGCUUUCAGACACUAAUCGGUCAUCGUGGCGAGGUAACAGCGCUGGCAUUGGUUGGCGACUCACUCAGGCUAGUCACUGGCUCAGCAGACCAGGAGCUACGGAUAUGGGCAGUCAAUGACACAACAGUAGAGAGCUCUGAAGUUUCCACUGCAGCAUCAUCGACCACAUCAACAGCAGAAAAGCCAGAGGCUGGCUACAAGUACCAAGUACACUGUGAGCUGCUUGGCACGAUUCAGCGCCAAAGCAAGGAGCGUGUGCUAAUGCUGGCACUGAAUGAGAAUGGUACUCUGCUCGGUUGCUUAGGUGCUGACUCAUUCUUUGAAAUCUUCAAAGUUCGAACUGAGGAAGAAGUAGAAGCCCAUGUCAAGCGGCGAGUGAAGCGUGCCAGAAAAGCACUCAGGGAAAAAGAAGAGAAGGGCAAGGCUGUGGACCCGCAGCCAAAGGAAAUUGAACGUUGUGUAGAUGAUGAGAUGUCACCCGUGUAUGUUCAGCAUGCUGACACAAAGAUACGCUCAAUUGAUUUCACUCAGCUGGCAUCUGGAUCACAGAGGGUGCUUUGCUCACGGAAUGACAACAGUGUGGCGGUGUAUGAGCUGGAUUUCUCUGAGAAGCCCCUGUCCAGUCAGCUGGUGUCCAGUGUAGUAUCCGCUGGUCACAGAUCUGCUGUGAAGGCCAUAGACUUCAAUUCCGACGGUUCAGCAUACCUCACGGUAUCGCCAGAGUCAAUCAAAGUCUGGAACAUAGGCAGUCAGCAAUGUAUACGCACACUGGAGUGUGACUAUGCACAAGCCUGCUUCUUUAUGCCCGGUGAUACCCAUGUGGUAGUGGGUUGCAAGAAUGGUUUUAUUAAGAUGUUCAACUUGGCCAGCGGUACUACGCUAGAAUCUGAAGAAGCACAUAGUGCUGCUGUAUCAUCAUUGUGUCUUGCACCAGACAAGCGUGGCUUUGUGAGUGGGAGUGCAGAUAACACGGUCAAGUUCUGGGAGUUUGAGCUCGUCCAGGACGGUGAAAGUUCCAAGAAGCGCCUGAGCUUUGCCCAUGUCAGGACACUAGAGAUGUCAGACAAUAUCCUCUGUGUCAAGUUCAGUCCUGAUCAGCGGUUGAUUGCUAUAGCAUUACUCGACUUCACCGUCAAAGUGUUCUUUGCUGACUCGCUCAAGUACUUUCUCUCCCUGUAUGGCCACAAAUUGCCUGUCAUCACAAUGGACAUUUCAUUCGAUAGUACACUACUUGUUACUGGUUCAGCUGACAAGAACUGCAAGCUGUGGGGUCUUGACUUUGGUGAUUGUCACAAGUCUCUGUUUGCUCAUGAUGAUAGCAUAACAGCAGUCAAGUUUGUUCCGAAGACACACUACUUUUUCACAGCCAGCAAGGACAAGACAAUCAAGUUCUGGGACGGUGACAAGUUUAAGCACAUUUCCACACUCGAGGGCCAUCAUUCUGAAGUAUGGUGUUUGACAGUGAAUCCACGUGGCACUCUUCUGGUGUCAGCGUCACUCGAUCGGUCACUGCGCGUCUGGCAGAGAACUAACGAACCAGUUCAUCCGGAAGACGAGCGUGAACAGGAACGAGAAGCUGCUGAUGAAGAAGCAAUGGCUGGCCAGGUUACGAAAGUGAUACCCGGAGAGACAGAGGGUGAAGCAGAGUUAGCUGGCCGUCAGACCAUUGACACAAUAAAGGGUGCUGAGCGGCUUAUUGAAGCAAUCGAGAUUGCGCAAGCGGAGCGGGCUAAACUGGACGCAUGGGCAGCUCAGAAAGAGAAAUCUUCAACUGAUAUUGCACGUCCCGAGCCUCAUCCAAUGAUCAUAGCAUACGGCUUAGUCACGCCGGAGCGCUUUGUACUGGAUGUGUUCCGGAAAGUACGAUCCAGUGAGGCGGAAGAAGCUUUGCUUCUGCUGCCGUUUUCGUACGUGGUGCGAUUCUUGAAGUUGCUCGACUUUUGGCUCAAGAGUGCCUGGGAAAUUGAGCUGUCUUGCCGCAGUGUGUUCUUCUUGCUGCGGAUUCACCACAAUCAGAUCAUCUCUACAGAGGCUUUACUGCCCGUUGUGGACUCGCUGAAAACCAACACACGCUCGCGCCUUCAGCAGCUUCGGGACUCGAUCGGGUUCAACCUGGCUGGACUGAAUGUUGUACAACGUGAGCUGGAAUCACGUUCAAUCUAUCUGUUUGCUGACGCUGAGGAGAAGAGGGAGACAAGCAGAAAACGACGCCGUGCAGCCGUGCGAACGUUAAGUUAACCCAAACUUCCGCAUGAUCUGGCUUAAUAUGCUUGCUAGUACCUGUGGCAGAAAGUUGUUGGCUUGCUGCUCACUGCAGUGAUAAUUCAUUGUGAGCAUCCCAGCAUCUUCAGAACAUUCACUUUAUGCUGAGCAUUGGCGAAAUCAGGUGCUUUCUCCCGAGUCAGAUAUUUUUUUUAACCCUCUCUUUGCGUUUUCAGUAUGGCUCAUUCUGAAUGAACUUGACUCUGAGAAUAACAGACACUUUCA